AUGUCAAAACUGUGGGGCAACUACUACAGAUGGGUCAUUCUAUUCGUUGGAUUCUUGUGUCUGACAUCCAUCUGCUCAAAUUAUAUCAUCAUAAACUUCACAUUCAUCUGCAUGAAAAAUGACAUGACAAAUGCAGUGGCGGAUAGUAAUGGAACUCUUCACAGCAUCUAUGACUAUUCCAGUGGUGAAAAGAAAUGGAUUCUCUGGGCAGUUGCUUUGGGAACCAUGAUCGGAACACUACCAAUCAACGUUCUCUAUGUCAAGUUCGGAGCCCGUUUCCCAUUUUUGUUGGCUGGUCUCGCUUCAGUCGUCUCAACUGCUUUGAUUCCAUGGGCUGCUGGAUUCAAUUAUUGGUUGCUCAUUUUGUUGAGAUUCGUUCAAGGACUUGCCUACUCCGCUGACUUCGCAGCCAUCGGUCUCAUCACUGUCCGCUGGGCUCCACUCACUGAAACUGCCACAUUCAUUGCCAUCAUGACUUCGUUUACCGGUAUCUCAUCCACUGCAACCAACUCUGUCACUGGUGUCAUCUGUGAGAGCUCUUUCGGAUGGAAAUGGUCUUAUUAUCUGCAUGCCGCGGUCGGAACUUUCCUCUUUUUCCUCUGGUACGUCAUCUAUAUCGACCAUCCACAAGACACCAAGAGAGUCUCCUGCAAGGAAUUGAGCAAGAUUGAGAAGUCGAAAUCAGCUGCCCAUUUGGACAAGAGUACCGAUGUUCCAUACAGAAAACUUCUCACGAGUCCAGUCAUCUGGUGUGUCUGGCUCAAUGCAUUCUUCGAGAUGUCCGCUGUCAUUGUCUGUUCCACCUACAUGCCAAUCUAUUUCCACGAAGUUCUUGGAUUCGGAGUAACAGAAACUGGUUUCUGGGUUGCUCUUGUUCUCUUCAUCUGGCUUCCAGUCCGAUGGGUAUCAGCAAUCAUGAGUGACAAGAUCAAGUUCGUUGGAGAGAGAACCAAGAUGCUCAUUUUCAAUACAAUUGCCGUCGGAGGUACCGGAGCAUUUUUCGCCAUCAUUGGAUUCAUCCCAGCUGAGAACAAGUAUUGGUCCGUCGCCGCAUUCACAAUGACCAUGUGCUGUGUUGGUGUAAACUCCGGAGGUUUUUACAAAUGCGGAGUUCUCCAUGCUCGUCAAUACGCUCACGUUGUCAUCGCCGCCAUCCAAUGGACCAAAUGUGUUGCCCUCUUCUCUGCCCCAGCCAUGGUCGCCCUCUUCGUCACCACUGAAUCCGUCCGAACCCAAUGGAUUGGAGUCUAUCUUGUCUUUGGAGGACUCAUGCAAAUCACCAACUUGCUCUCCUACUGUAUCUUCACUGACAAACCAGCUGAAUGGACCAACACUGACGAGAAACCAGUGUCCAAAGCUUAG